GGGCUGCGCGCCCGGAGGCUCCCUCAGCGCCCUGCGGCAUGGCGCGGCUGGAGGCAACCGCUGCCUCGGCAGAAUGUCUGCUAAAGGAUAUUCCAGAUGUCCUUGAUAGCGAGUCUGAUGAAAGUGAACUCUCUGACAGCUCUCACAGUGAAGGUGAAUGCCAGUGCCUCUCUUGUUCAGUGUGCUAAUUUACACCCUGACCUGGAAGAUUUGCUUUGCUGAAAUCUCCGGGAUGCCUUGAGGCUGUGACUUCUCCAGAGCCAAAAACCAUGUCAGCAUAUGAGGUGGAGGACUGGGAUAAAGAAUUGGAGGACUCUGAAUGUGAUCCUUAUGAUGCUGACGAUUUCCACUGUGGAAGCUUUCAGGAAAAUAAUCUUCUGGCCUCAUACUCGUGGCUGAGCUGGCCAGUUUGA